GGUGAAAUCUAGACCAUGUCUGUAUGACAUGAGUCGUCACGAUUAUCGUGAUGUUAAUAUCAAAUCCAACAAUUGGGCGGAGAUAGGAGCAUUGCUCCAUGUUACUGGACAGCAGGCAAGAGAGAAGUGGAAGGCGUUGCGAGACAGAUUCGUCAAGAUGAAAAAUAAAAAUGAAAGUACCAUGAAGUCAGGGGCACCCGGAGGCGUUUCAACAAAUAAAUGGCAUCUAUUUGAACACAUGACUUUUUUAGAUUUCUUCGUGCAGCAUCGAAAAACGUCUUCAAAUUUAGAACUUGUCACUCUAUCAGCUGUGGUAGAAGGGGAAGAAGUGUCUGGGUCAUCUUCUGUCGCACCGACACCAAAAAAAAGGAAGGAAGAAGUGAACAUGCGGAUUUUGAAAAUUUUUGAGGAGGAGAAGGAUGCUGAAAAGACUGUCUCCUGA